AUGGUCGGCAUGAAAGAUUUUCCUGCUGACUUCAGCCAACCAUUCACCAUGUCUCUCAAUUACAUAAAGGGUUGCCACAUCAGAUUUUUCGAUGACAAUAUACCAUUUUAUCAGAAGUACUGGCGCUUUAUUGGCAUGACCGCGAUUGCCACUGUUGUGCUACCAAAAACAAAGGAAGUGGAAAUUUUGAUACAGAGAUUAGCUACAGCGUGGAAGACUGAAAAUCUAAGUGAUAUGCAAAUUAAAAUUAAAAAAGAACGUAUAAAGGAACUAAACUUCGGUUUAUCAGUUUUUUACUGGGGUGCUCAAGUUGCAAUAGUUCAAAAUCUAUGUCCUCAGUUAGUUCAAACUGUUAUAGGAAAAAGUCGUCAAAAUGAUUUCAAUUUUUUACUCCCAUUUGGGUGUGUUUAUCCCUUUGAUCAUGUCAAAAAUUGGGGGCGAUAUUUACUGGUUUACGUUCUUCAAUCGUACAGCAUACUUAAAUUAAUUUUCUUGUACCUCGGCGCCCAGUGUUUGCUCGUGACUCUAUGCUCCCAGCUGAGUACAGAAUUUGCUCUUCUACGGGAGGACAUAAAGAAUGCUGUACCGAUGCCAAAUAGAGACAAAAGAACUGACGAGGACAUGAAAGUGGAUUACAGUAUGACUAUUGAAGCAAUGGUUAAGAAACAUCAAGAAUUAAUUACGUUGGCGCAUAUGUUAAAUGAUAUUUUCAAUCGAAUGGUUUUUAUUGACUUGUGCUUUUUCGCGAUGAUAAUAUGUUUUUUUGCUAUUUUAUUGGCGCUAUCUCACGAUGCUGUAAAUAAGUUCACGUACACUGUAAGUGUAUUCGCUCUGUUGACUCUGGUCUAUCUGUUCUGUUACUACUGCGAAAUGUUGAAACAGGAGAGUGGAGGCAUAGCGGAGGCCGCUUAUGAGAACCCGUGGUAUAAUGGUGGCACUCACUACCAGAAGACCAUCAGAUUUAUCAUCAUGAGAGCUCAACGUCCUUGUUACGUGACGUCUUUAAACUAUGUACCGAUAACUCUCAACACUUUUACAAAGGUGGUGAGCACAACUUGGUCUUACUUUUCUUUAAUGAUGACAAUGUACGGCGAUACGUAAAAUAAAUUCAUAGUAUUAUAACUGACUAUAACUUCAGAAAAAAUAUUUUUAUGAAUUCGAGUAGAAGUUUAGCUCUUAUUGUUGUAUUAAUUGUAAU